GCACUUUGCAGCGUCAAAGCGAUGAGGAACUCAUCUCCACAAGCCUUUGGCGCCUCAGUUACAUCUGUUCACCGAUUUAUACGUGCCGUUCGUCAAAUCUAUUCAACCUCAUUGUCCUUGGGGCCGCUGUUUAACUCCGCUCCAGGCUUCUCGCUAGACCGCCUCCCCCACUUGUUACUGUGACUCGCUCGUCCGACGCCGGCCCCUAUCAUUCGACCUGGAAUUGCUGCGGUUGUGAUUUCCAGAGAGACACCUUAAUUCGGGGCGGUUCCGCUUCAGGACCCCAUGUUGAAGAGAAGGAGAGAACGAACCCGGUCCCCGACUCCUCUCUCUCCUGCCACUGCUCUGCUGUCUCCAGCGUCGCUGACCCUCACUUUCUCCGAAACUCCCCCUCAAGCAAAUAAUUCACGGUCUCAUCUGCCACGGUAAAUGGCAGAUGGUACCUACAGGUUCCAGCAGCCUGGGGCCGGGCAGUUCUUCUUUCAAACGCAACAACAACAACAACCUUCUCAUCAACGACACCUUGUCCGGAACGGGACGAAUUCUCCGACAGGAAGACUGAAAUUUAGCCACGACACACCAUCGCCUUCACGAUCCCCUCCUCUUGGCCAGGCAGCUGCGCUCAAUCCAUUCACCAUGUACAGUCAGACGCACCAAGGGCAGCAUGUUCUGAUGAAUGGCGGCCAGGCUCACCAACGCUUCGGCAUGCAGAUGCCGAAGUUUCAAUCCCAGAGUCAUCAUCCUCACCCUGCACAGCAAGCUCAUCAUCACACACACCACAAUCAAGCCUCCCACAAUAUCAACCACCAGCACAACUUCUCCAGCGGGGCGUUGGCUGCCGCUACUCCUCAUUUCACCCCGAGCCACAUGCAGAACGGGGCUCAUGCUAACGUUGACGAAGAUAUCGAUGAAUCCAUGAAUGAACAUUGGCAACAACAGCUUCAGCUGGCCGCUGAAUCGCGGCAGGCGAGUUCCCCGCAUUACUAUGCCCGGGCCGUCGCUCAACAGACCAAGGGCAUCCAGAUCGCUCCCAGUCAGCCUGAACCCCAGGAGAAUGGAGGUGAUGUGAAGAAUGGGCUGACGAAAGUAAAAGCAUCCCCACGCCAGGGCUGGUAUGCCCUCGAUUUCGGAGGACAAGGACUCCGUGCACUCGCCACGUCUUUGUUCAGUUACGAUUUCCUGAAGGAGCUGUACCUAAACCACAACAAACUCAAGGCGCUACCCCAGACAAUUGGCCAGCUUCGGAAACUGGAACACCUGGAUCUCUCGGGCAAUGACCUCACCGAACUUCCCGAGGAGAUCGGCAUGCUUACGAGCCUGAAGAAGCUUUACCUGUUCGAUAACAAUAUUCGCACGCUCCCUUACGAAAUGGGAUACCUCUACCGGCUGGACACUUUAGGAAUUGAGGGCAACCCAUUGAACGAUAUUCUGAAGUCUCAGAUUAUGAAGGAGGGUACCAGAGCCCUGAUCAAGUAUCUGAGGGAAGAAAUGCCAGAAAACCCCCCACCUCCGGACAGAGAUUGGGUUAUUCUUGACGAGACUGCGGGCACCUCCACUGAGAAGAUCACCGUCCUUUCCCACAACGCACUGUGCGAUUCAUCUGCGACACAGUCCCACUUCGGAUAUACUCCUUCUCGUGCUCUGUCAUGGGAGUUUAGAAGGGAUCUCAUCCUUAGCGAGCUAAGGUCGCAUGACUCGGAUAUUGUUUGUCUGCAAGAAGUAGAUCAAGGCAGCUACAACGGUUAUUUCAGAGAACAAUUGGCUUACAAUGGUUACAAGGGUGUAUAUUGGCCACGAGGAAGAGCCAUGGGUAUGCAGGAGGAAGAAGCCAAGUCUGUCGAUGGCUGUGCCACCUUCUUCAAGGGGACCAAGUUUAUUCUUCUUGACAAGCAGAUGAUCAACUUUGGCCAGACGGCAGUACGGAGACCUGAUGCGAAGGGCCAGGAUGACAUAUACAACAGAUUAUGGCAGAAGGAUCACAUUGCAGUUGUUGUAUUCCUUGAAAACAGGCUAACAGGCUCGCGAUUCAUCGUCGUGAAUGCUCAUCUCUAUUGGGACCCAGCUUUCAAGGAUGUCAAGUUGAUCCAGACAGCUAUUCUCAUGGAAGAGAUCACGAAGCUCUCCGAGACCUACGCAAAAUGGCCUGCGUGCAUGGACAAGGCGGCGUUCCGCUUUUCAGAAGCGGAAGGUGGUGAAGCGCAAACUCCACCGGAACCCGCUCCAUCCAUGGAGUAUAGCAGCGGCGAUCAAAUCCCUCUUUUCAUGUGCGGAGAUUUCAACUCAUCGCCUGGGUCAGCGGCGUACAACCUGAUUGCUAAUGGACGGCUAUCGGAAGAGCAUCCGGAUCUCGAGAAGCGACUUUAUGGAAACUUGAGUCGGGUUGGUAUGACCCAUCCGUUCAAGUUGAAAUCCGCAUACAACUCGAUCGGCGAGUUGAGUUUCACGAAUUAUACACCUGAUUUUAAGGAUAUUCUGGAUUAUAUCUGGUUUACAUCGAAUACGCUUCAUGUUUCGGCGUUACUCGGCGAGGUGGACAAGGACUAUCUACAGAAGGUUCCCGGGUUCCCUAACUUUCAUUUUCCUAGUGAUCAUAUCGCAUUGUUUGCGGAGUUUGUUGUUAAAGGGAAAAAGGGGAAGGUUGUGGAGGCGGAUUUUGGACCGCAACGGAAUUGAGGGAUGGUGCAUGCUGAAUCUUACGAGACUGGUGUUUGCGUAGCCGGUUUAUCUUGUUAUCUCGGAAUCUUUGGGGGCUUUUCGCGUGUCUGUGGUGUUCGUCUACUGCUUUUGCUUUUCUCAUUUCCUUUUUUUAAACAUUCUUGUGAGUCUUAUCUGUUGUCAUUGCUGUCGCCAGAGGGCGUUCGUGCAAUCGAACCUGCGUAUCAUUUUCUUGGAAAGUAGCUUUCAACGGCGCGGCAGUUUCAUAUCUUUCUCAUUACAUGUGCUAGGAUCUUACUCUUUCCCUCAUGUCGAAUUUCUACUCACAUCUGUGGCUUUUUCUUCCAUACUUGGUGUUGAGGGGGCUGAAGGUCACCUGGCUUGGAGUAGUUGGGUCAUGAAGAUGUUUCUCUGCUUUGCUAUGAUUUCUUCUUAGGCGAAUGGUGGAUUUAUCUUUGGUCGCUUGUUUUCAUAUAGCCCUGAGGUCUUGCACAGCGUCUCCAGGUGAGCAGAGGACUGACUAUAAGUGUACUGUGGAUGCUCGAUGGCGAGGUAAAUUUAUCUUGAUAUAUUAAACCGUGGUUCGAUUUAUACUCGAGAUAUUGCUAGCAGUCAAGCAUAGAGGAAAUAAUCUUGUUGAA